AUGGCGGCAGAAGGCAGCAACGCGGACUGGAUGGGCUCGCUGCCGGGCGCCCUCAGCGGCCUGCCUCUAUCCCACCUGGCCAUCCCAGGGUCACAUGAUUCCUUCAGCUACUGGGUUGAUGAGAAAUCUCCUGUGGGGCCAGAUCAAGCUACAGCGAUCAAACGGAUAGCUAAAAUUUCUUUGGUGAAGAAGCUAAUGAAGAAAUGGUCAGUGACACAAAACCUAACAUUCAAGGAGCAGCUUGAAGGUGGAAUCCGCUACUUUGACCUCCGUGUAUCUUCCAAACCAGGUGAACCAGGACAGGAAAUCUACUUCAUACAUGGCUUGUUUGGAAUCAAAGUAUGGGAUGGACUGAUGGAGAUAAACACCUUCCUAACACAUCACCCUAAGGAAGUAAUCUUCCUGGAUUUCAACCACUUUUAUGCUAUGGAUAACAACCAUCAUGCGUACCUGAUUAGCAGGAUCCAAGAGGUAUUUGAAUCAAGACUCUGCACAAAGGAAUGUGUAGAAAGUGUGACAUUGCAAAGCCUCUGGGAACAGGAGCAGCAGGUUCUCAUUUUCUACCACCAUCCUCUCUUUGAUGUAUACCCCUUUCUGUGGCCGGGGAAUAAAAUGCCAGCACCAUGGGCAAACACAACCAAUGUACAUAAACUGCUGCAGUUCUUAGAGACCACCCUGGGGGAGCGAACAAAACAUGGAACUUUUCAUGUUUCUCAAGCUAUUCUCACACCGAGGGUCAAAACUAUUGCACGGAAUCUCAUCCGUGGCCUGAAAAACACACUUGUUCACAGAAAUCUUCCUCUGAUUCUGAACUGGGUGAAGUCACAGAAACCAGGCAGCAUGGGCGUUAACAUCAUUACAUCAGACUUUGUGGAGCUAGUUGACUUUGCAGCUACCGUAAUUGCAUUAAAUGACCUCCUUUUAGAAGAGAAUAAAUCCUGACUUUUUGGAAUUUUUUUUUCCAUUUCAUCCAAAGUUUACUUUGCCUCAGUUUUAACGUGGAAAGAUCAUCCAGCCAUAUCAAUAACUUUAUUUCAAGACUCCAGUCUCCACACACCAAUUUUGCUCUUUUACACAGUAUGGAAGCAUAAAAUCACACAUGCUGACUUGACUGCACAGUUCUGAGUGGUCCUAUGCAGCCUGGCUUUCUGCACAUAUGGCUGUUCCGCGUACAUCUGCUGAAAUACAGGAUGUGAUGCUGGCUGGCCGACUUGGAGGCUGGACACUUCGACACAUGUAAACAAUUAGCAGAGGCCUCUCCGUGGACUUGUUGAGUGUGUGCAUCCUGCUGUUACAAAACCCAGGACUCCAGCUCUAAGUAUAAUUAUUGAUCUCUAAGCUCAAAUUUACCAGACUAGUCAAAUGAUUUCCUCUCUUGGCUAUGUAUGUGCUGCUCUUUUCCCUUCUAUUGUACUGUAUGUUAAGCUACCUCGGUCACUUUUUUAAAAAACAAAAGGAAAAAGAGUAUCUCUAUUGU